UGUACACUAAAAUGCAGCUAAAAUGUGCGUAAUUCGCGCAUGACGCACGAUUCAGCGGUGUGUAAUAUGAAUUAUGAAAUACCCUCCCGUUAAAAAUUUCGCUCAUUGGACACGUCUCCUGAGUUGAACUUUGAGACCUACUCGACAGCAGCUGCGCUGGAGCAGCGACGUUGCUUCAUCACUGAUCAAAAGGCAACGGGUGGCACUCCUUUAAAUCAUCUCCUUCCUUCGUUUGCGGCGGAGAGGGCACCGGCCUUUGACAUGCCUCGCUUCGUGGCCAGUAAACGUGUUUAGCUGGGGACAUUCAUAUCUGGACGGGUUUUUUAAAAAACAGGGUCAAAACAACACGUCUGCAAGAAUGAGGCCGCCUGCGGAAGUGAGCGUGUUUCUCCUCUCGCUCGUGGCUCCCGGAGUUUUGUACACAAUGAAUAACAUCCCCGCGCUUCACGAGCCUCUUCCUAUCCUGGGAAUGGGAGUCGUCAUCCUGGGAUCUGUCCUCCUCCUCCUCCCCCUCACUGUGCGACACAAGACAAAAGUGGACCCUUUAUUCUACGUCUUCGCAGAGUUUUCCUUCACUUGCAUGGUGGGCUUGACCAAUGCUUUAGAGCAGGAUGGGUUCAUCUCUGGCUUCAUGGACUUCUACGUAAAGAUGGGAGAGCCUCAUCUAAGCACUGCCUAUGCAGUGAUGAUGUCUUACUGGGAGGGUGUGGUUCAUUACAUCCUCUUCCUCGCUAUCAUCCGCUCCAUGUUCACUGGGAAGUCCUAUCGCAGCAUGUGUCUGCUGUGGACAGGCUCCUCCAUCGCCCAUCAGAUUGUUCUUAUCCCAGGAGUGUUCAUUGGUAAGUAUGGCUCUAACAUUCGACCGGCCUUUUGGAGGAACAUCCCUUUUUUUGUGGUGCCUUUCUGGGCAGCGUCCCUGCUCUUCAGCAGACCCAGAGUGAUGCCCGUCAUCACGGCAGACAAGAUUGCCGCGGAGCAGAAGAAGAGCCUGCUGUUUCGACCUGUUGAUCUGCUUCUGUCGCUUCUGUUGCUGGGAGCCAUGGCCUUCUCUGUUUUCAGAGGCUUUGUGGUGCUGGACUGUCCUCUGGACACCUGCUUCACUUACAUCUAUCAGUACGAGCCGUAUCUUAAAGACCCGUCCGGAUUUCCCAGGGUCAUGAUGCUGGUGUAUUUGUUCUACGCUCUGCCCCUCCUGACUCUCUUCAUCUAUGGUCUGACAAGACCCGGAUGCAGCUGGAUGUUGGACUGGACCAUCUUCUUUGCUGGGGCCAUGGCUCAGACCCAGUGGUGUCAUAUUGGGGCAUCUAUGCACUCCCGCACUCCAUUCACGUACCGAGUACCAGCAGACAAACGGUGGCCUGUUAUCACCCUCAACGUGUUGCUGGCCGCUGCACCGGCUCUGCUGGCCCUGCGCUGCCACACAAACCCCGCUUAUUUUAUGAAACCCGUUCCUGAGGGACAGGCCGACAAAGAGAAGAAGCAAAAGUAAACCCCACACCAGGCACGGACUGCCAAGGAAUACUCCUGGCUGUGACAAAUGUUUUCUGGGGGCUUUCUUUGGGACGCAAACUGCAUUAAAAACACAAUUUUUUACGACUUUAAAGCCCGGAGGAAGUCUUAAAGAAGCCUUAAAAAACAUUGCUGUCAGACUCAACUGUUUAAAAUAGUCACCUUCACACAGCACGCCCCGCAUGGACUGUUGGACCCUGAUAAGAAGCCAGUUACUAGAGGUGAGGACUGUGAUCAGAUCACACAGCUUUCAGGUGACUCAUGCAGAUAAACAGUUGGUGUCUUCCCAAAAUUAGACACUAAGACCUGAAUCACACAGGCCAGCAAUGCACCAAUGGAGAAUCAUCAUUACGCUCAUUUUUAUAUAGAAACCCAAACCAAAGCUACACAGCUCUGUGUUUGUAAUGAUCUAAAAUUGACCGGCUCAGACAACAACAUCGCUGCCUUCAGUCUUUAGAAACUGUGAGUGUAUUAAGGGGAUCCACGUAGUAGCUUUAGAGUUGUUGAAGAGGGGUGCGAUUUACUCAAGCUGACGAUUUGUCACCUUGAAGACGGAUACUGUGUAACAUAUUUGGUGAGUCUUCAUGUCACUAGGUUUUCUAAUGUCACAAAAUAAAGAUGUGCAUCCUAUAAAGC